CAGCUGUAACUUUGACGGGUUUUCUGACCUGUUGUUUGAUUAUCUGGUGCAUGGUCAUUCAGUACAAAAUGAUUGAGCUUCAACAUGACCUUGAUCAACUGGAACGCGAAAUGCUAUCUCAACUGCACCUCACAGAAAUAAAGAGUUGGCAAAAUUUUCAUGGAGAAUCUCUGAGAAAUUUAGAAACAGAAUUACAAAUUCUGAAACUAUCCACUAAAAACUUAAAGCACUCUGUAGAAGAACAAAGGAGUCUAGUCAAGACGACAAUAGAAAAACAACUUCAAUUGCGCGAAGACAUGACAAAAUCUUCCGAAGGUUUGCUCGAACUCCAUGCAGUGUAUGUAAAACAUUUCACUUACCCACAAGCAUGCGUAGAUAAGGCAAAGGAUGACCUGAAACUUUACUUUGAAGUUGAACGAGGAAAAAUAUUCGAGACACUUUAUAAAGAAAAGUUACACAACUUCAAUGAAAUGCUUGAGUCUCACUUGACUAACUAUCAUAAUGGCUCUUCUAAAGAAGAGAACCGUAACUCAUCUAACAAACUUUCAUCAGAACCACGUUUGACAAAGAAAGUCCUUGCACAGAUAUUAUAUGAAUUAAAGAGAUCUAUGCAGCGCUGGAUAAUGACAUCACAAAGUACCUUGCAUUUUUUACAAAGAAUAAUACGCCAUCAGGACUCGGAAAUAGUACAGAUUAGAAUGUGGACUGUGACUCACGUCCGGCAGAAGUUUAAACAUAAUGAGAAGUCCAUAGAAUCAUUGAAUGUGCAUUUGAGAAGUAAUACACAAGACAUAAUGGUUUUAAACGUUUCAGUCAAUACAGUUAAAAGCUUGGGUUUCUCUUACCCAAGUCUUGCAUACACGCAUGGACGUACAUGUACAUGUACAAGAGACAGAAAAUGCAAAAAUGAAAUGAGGAGAAAGGAAAUCUUUAAACCUAUUGACGAUGAUAAAUAUUGGGAUCUAUGGAAAAUACUUCUUAUACCUACCCUUCUUAUAACGAUACUUUGGAUUUAUUUUUGUGGGGCUAAAUGGUUCAACAGGAGUUUUGAAAACAUUAAGAAUCGGAAGAAAACCUUUUAUGAAGAAAUUGGGCAUACAGCUACUAAACCUCUAUAUAAGGAGAAACUUGAAAACUCUUUGUGUGUUAUAAGUUUUGGACGUAGCACGGACCAACAGAAAUACGUGCAGAUGGCCUCUGAUUUGAUAGGCUCAGGGUUCUCUCUACAAAUGAAGAAAGUAGUGGUCAAUUCUACUGAAUGUUUGGACACCCUACCUCCUUCAAAGGCCAUUCUUAUGUUUGUGGAUUACAACGAAAGGAACUUAAUCGUAGAGGAAGAACAGGGAGGCUUGAAAAGAAAGACUCUAUCAAUGUUACAAAGGACUGGUGGUAUAGUAUUUUUAAUAUUAUUAUCAUAA